UGACCCUGCUGCUGAGCUUCUCCUGCCAGCACCCCGUGCUGCACAUGUGCCCGCUGGGCUCCACGCUGGGCACCGCCAUCCAGGACCCCAACAGCGCCACCUACAGCAUCCUCCUGUACGACCUGCUGGCCCAGACCCUCCAGGAGCACAGCCCCGAGGACGACCCCCUGGACGAGAUCACGGGCCUGUGCUGCUGCCCCAUGCUGAAAUUCUUUGCGUCCGCCAGCAGGGACGGGUCGGUGAAGAUCUGGACCGCCCAGAACCAGCUGCUCCG